CUCCGAGACGUACAUCAGUCUAACGUCAAAAUGGCGACUUCCAAGCAACUGCAACUUCGAGUGGUGGGUUUGUUGCCCGAUUCGAGCUUCCACCAGGCCAAAGCAUGUGCUCAGGAUCUGUAUCAAAGCAACCCUGAGAAGUUUGCCACACCAGACAUCCUAGGUUUGCUAGAGUUUGAAUGGGAGCUGUACCUGCGUGAAGAGAGGAAGAAAAUCCGAGGGGAGACUUGGGCAUUUGAGGACAAGGCCAUCACGUACCUGGACGGAGAUCUUAUAGGUGGACCAACAGAUUUAGAGAAUUGGGCAACAGAACACUGGAAGUACCAUCCUUGCUGGCCUCAAGCGCUUUUUGAAGCCCAUGCUGAGGUGGCAUAUAAAGACUACCUCAGUGGCACAGGGCAUACCUUUGUGUACCUGGAUAUUUCCAUCAAUGAUGAACCUAAGCAGAGGUUACUUUUUGAGUUGUACACGGAUAAAUGCCCCAGGACCUGCGAAAACUUCAAGGCGCUUUGCACCGGUGAGAAGGGCCACAAGACCGACGAAUCGCUCAUGAAAUAUCACUUCAAAGACAGUCUGAUACACAGAAUAGUGCCCAAUGGCUGGCUACAGGGCGGAGAUAUCCUGCUUGGUAAAGGAGAUGGUGGAGAAUCCAUCUAUGGACAGUUCUUUGAAGAUGAGAAUUAUUCCGUCAAACACGCCUCAAGAGGGAUGCUGGGUAUGGCUAACCAGGGCAGACAUACUAAUGGCUCUCAGUUCUACGUUACAUUCCAGCCGGCACCCUGGAUGGACACCAAAUAUGUGGCCUUUGGGAAAUUGAUUGAAGGCACGGAACUAUUGGACACACUGGAGGAACAAGAGACAUACAACGAACGACCAAAGAAAGAAUGUAAGAUAGUGGACUGUGGAGUGUAUGAACCCUGAACUUUGACCCCCAUGCAGCCUACCCAGGCAGAAACACCACAUUGACCCUUUGAGCAAGAGGACUUCCUCAGUCAACUAACAUGCAGGCAAUAAAUCACAGACACAUUCUUUUAUAUGUAUGCUUUACUUGGGGACACUGACUGCUGAGCACAAUUGCUUGCCUCUAUGGAACUAUGGAAUGCAUAGCAUUACGCUCAGUUCUUUUGAUUACAUAAUUAUAGACACAUUAUUGGAUAAAUGCAUGUAUGUACCAUGUUGAUAAGUUGGAAGAACCCCUUAAAGAACAAUGUGGUAAAGAAAAGCUAUCAGAACACUCAAUUCUAAAAGUAUGGAAGUUUUGUUUCAACCACUUAGCGAGCCUGUUUAUUUCAUAUCUCAUGUUGUGGCUUGAAGGCCUAUUCUCAAAUCCCACUUUAGCUGUAAGCUUUUAUAUGUCACUAUACAUAAUGUAUAUACUGUUCCGACAAGAUUUUUCGGAGCCAUUAAAAAUCCUUGUUAUUGGUCAUCAUUUGUAAAUGUCGAUUGCUUGACUUUGAAAUGUAAAGUGUACAGGGAAACAACUUUGGCGUUGAAAUACUGUCUGGGGUUCACAGCCGUUUCCUGAGAAAUUUUGCAUUAUGAGUUUCUGUUUUGUGUAAGAAUAUUGAUCUCAAACAGUUCGAGUUACAACACAUUGCAGUGUCCACACCACCAGGGUAAGGUACCAGCUGUUAAAGAGAAGUAGGGUCUAGUGGUUAGGACUCGUGACGAGUUGGUCAGAGGUUCAAAUCCAGUGAUAAGGCAUAAGCCACUUUACCUCAACUUGUCCAUUUUAUUGGCAGGGGACUAAUUGAUAAACUUCAGUCACACUGCUGUUGGGAAGGGGACUGGUCGCAAUAAAAUUAUCAACCAAAUA